AACCGAAAGAUAGUCCCGAGCUUUUCCAGCUUCUUCUUGAAACGAACAGUGGGGUUACAGAACCAAAACAUAACUGCGGGGGAAAAAAAUGUUUGCUGAAGAGAAUGGUCUGAAGGGAGACCCCAGGUUGCGAGCCAUCUCGGAAGCCAUUAGAGUGGUGCCUCACUUCCCAAAACAAGGAAUCAUGUUUCAAGAUAUAACGACAUUGUUGUUGAAUCACAAAGUCUUCAAAGACACCGUUGAUAUUUUUGUCGAUCGUUACAGAGACAUGGAUAUUUCCGCUGUUGCCGGAGUGGAAGCUCGAGGAUUUAUGUUUGGGCCGGCAAUUGCUCUAGGCAUUGGUGCAAAAUUUAUUCCGUUACGCAAACCAAGAAAGCUGCCAGGUGAAGUCAUAUCAGAAAAAUAUGUUCUUGAAUAUGGGACCGAUUGUUUGGAGAUGCAUGUUGGGGCCGUACAGCCCGGGGAACGGGCCUUGGUAAUUGAUGAUUUGGUGGCUACUGGUGGAACUCUAUCAGCUGCAAUAAGACUACUAGAACGUGUUGGUGCUGAAGUAGUUGAAUGUGCUUGUGUGGUUGGUGUGCCUGAGGUUAAGGGACAUCGUAGGCUUAAUGGAAAGCCACUGUAUGUUCUUGUGGAGCCACGUCAAAUCGAUAAUGGAUUUUAAGAUGGAUAGGUGAUUUGUACGGUGCUUGGGCUGCUGGCAAAGGAGAAGCGUGAUGAUUGUUGCAGUAACAAAGGCCAUGAACUGCGGUGAACAGUCAGCAGAUGAGAGUUGUUUCGGCUCGGAGGUUGUAAUUUAUCGAUGGAAAAUGUCUCUAAUUUCUUGUAGGUUGUCGUCUAUGGCUGACAAUUUCAAACAAUCAUUCUUAAAUGCAUGCGAUUUUUCUUAAA